CAAAUCGAAACGAUUACAAGGUGUUCCUAACUAACCCUAAAGGCUUCAAAACGAUUUCGCGGGUAAUCCAAUGCUGUUCGGCCCGGGACUGCGAUGACCAAAUCCUUCGAGGGGAACGGCCCCUUGUAGUGUUUACACAGCUUCCCAUCAUGCCUUGCUAUCCCAAGUAGUUGCAACUAUGGCAGGAGGACGCGACAGAGUGGCUUAUUUGCUGAAGCAAUUGCAGCGGGCGUCAUGCAUGUGUCCUGCCCAUUCCCACGCAUAUUCUCAAGGUAUUGAACAUGCCGCUUUGGGGAAAACAGACUAUGCCUUUGAGAUGGCUGUUUCCAAUAUCCGAUAUGGAGAAGGAGUAACUAAAGAGCUGGGCAUGGACUUGCAGAAUUUGGGUGUUAAAAAUGUUUGUGUGAUGACCGAUAACAACCUUUGCCAGCUCCCUCCCAUGAAAGCAGUUUUGGAUUCUCUGACAAAAAAUGGUGUAAACUUCCAAAUAUAUGAGAACGUAAUGGUGGAGCCAACAGACCAAAGUUUCAUGGAUGCCAUCGAGUUUGCUAAAAAGGGGGAGUUUGAUUCCUAUGUUGCCGUAGGCGGAGGUUCCGUCAUAGACACCUGUAAAACUGCUGAUCUCUAUGCAUCCAGUCCAGAGUCAGACUUCUUAGAUUAUGUCAAUGCUCCCAUUGGAAAAGGCAAGCCGGUCAGAGUCACUCUGAAACCAUUGAUUGCAGUUCCUACAACUGCUGGGACUGGAAGUGAAACCACUGGGGUUGCUAUUUUUGAUUACAAAGAACUAAAAGUAAAAACUGGCAUUGCUUCUAGAGCUAUUAAGCCCUUUCUGGGCAUAAUUGACCCUUUACAUACUCUCACUAUGCCCGAGCGGGUGACGGCUAAUAGUGGAUUUGAUGUGCUUUGCCAUGCCCUUGAAUCCUAUACUGCUCUUCCCUACAACCAGCGCAGUCCCUGUCCUUCAAAUCCAAUGAACCGGCCAGCUUAUCAAGGAAGCAACCCUAUCAGUGAUAUCUGGGCUGUCCAUGCAUUACAGAUUGUUGCUAAAUAUUUAAAGAGAGCCAUCAGGAAUCCAGAAGAUCAAGAAGCAAGGGCUGGCAUGCACCUAGCAAGUGCUUUUGCUGGUAUUGGAUUUGGAAAUGCAGGUGUACAUCUUUGCCAUGGCAUGUCUUACCCUAUUUCUGGCUUGGUGAAGAAUUAUAAAGCAAAGGAUUAUAAUGUGGAUCAUUCUUUAGUGCCACAUGGUCUUUCUGUUGUCCUCACGUCCCCAGCAGUGUUCACUUUCACAGCACCUAUGUGUCCAGAGCGUCACCUGGAGGCUGCCCAGAUAAUGGGAGCUGACAUCAGCACUGCCAAAACUAAAGAUGCUGGGCUUAUUUUGGCAGACACUCUGCGGAAAUUCUUAUUUGAUAUGAACGUUGAUGAUGGCUUAGCUGCACUUGGUUAUUCAAAGUCAGAUAUCCCUGCCUUAGUCAAAGGCACCCUGCCUCAGGAAAGAGUGACUAAGUUAUCUCCCCGUCCACAAACUGAAGAAGAAUUGUCUGCCCUUUUUGAAGCUUCCAUGAAAUUGUAUUAGCUUAUAUAUAUAUAUAUAUAUAUAUAUAUAUAUAUAUAUAUAUAUAUAUAUAUAUAUAUAUAUAUAAAUAGCCAUCAUAUGAAUGAAUGUAACUCUGUAUUCUGCAUUUGAGAAUUCAUGCCCGUUUCUACAUAUCCAAAAUGUUUAUGCUUCUUUUAUUGGUCACUGGAACUAAUCAGUGGUUUUCCCUUCCUGAUAACAAUACAGUAAUUAAGGUUGUCAUUUCAUUAUCUCUACAUGAAGUGGUUCAGACAUUACAAAUACAAGAAUAAAACUUUACAAGUUUGGAAAAUGCUGUCCUCUAUAGCCACUUCUCAUUCAGAACUCCUGUUGAUACAAAGGGUGCUUUGUGGUUUUUUAUGACUGCCUUGAACUCUUGACUGCUACUCACCCAUUCUGUGUUAAGACUCUUUUAUGACAGUAUACCGGAUGUGGCUCUGUAAAUCAAUUUAUUGCUUGUAAAAGAGGCUAGGAGGAGGUGCAAGGCUUUCUGUUUACCCCAAAUCAGUGUAUCAUUCAGAUAACAGUCAUGCAAACUGCUAUGUCAAUAUGUCCAUUCUUGGUCUGAAAGCCUUUUGAGCUCAGACUUUUCUGCAGCCUUUUAGGACAGAGAUAAAUGGGUGAGGGAAAGAGAGGAAGAAAAAGAAAGCUUAAUUGAAUUGCUGAAUAUUAAUAAGUACACACACAACCUCUAUUGCCUCAAAAACCUCACGAGGUUAGGCAGCAACUCAAGAAGAGCUAGGGCAUGUAUACACUACAAGAUUAAACUGAUCUGCAACAGAUUCCUUUCUAAGAAAUGUAAUAAUGCAGAACUGAGGACUCUCUAACUGUAUAUGUUGAGCAUCCUCACAAAACUAUAAUGCCAAAGCUCUUAAAGUCAUGAUAUAGUGGUUCGAUGCAGGCUUAAAUUUGUGGUGUAGAUGUUGUCUUACCAAUAUUAUAAUUCAGGAGUGCAUGCGUCUCUGUACACAUAUGCAGAGUCCUUAAUAAGUAAGAAGAAGCUGAGGACCAUUUUGCACCUAUGCAGUGGCAAACCUAUGUUGUCCAUUGACUAACAAUUCAGCCAGAAGCUGCAGGAGACAAUUCCAGCUCACUGACAAGAGUACCUCUCUAUAUCUGUACUCAUAAUUUUGCAAAUGCAUUUGUUGCACUCACACAUUACAUUUUCACAGGUACAUCUUAAAAAUAUGUGUGCUGGAGUAGAUUUGAGUAAUAUUGGAAGAACUAUGUAAUAUUCUUUACACUAGAGCCUGCCCUCCAAAUCAGCCAAUCAUACACUUGUGGAGGAAAGGGUUAUUUUGCUUAAAAGUCUCAUCCACAUAGAGCAGUGAGGGACCUCUGUUAUGCUAGUCACCUCACUGACCUUUGUGCUGAAUGUUGUGCUUUAAUGAGAUGCACAAACUUGAAUCUUGGUCCCAACGGCUGUAAGUUCACUACUUGGCAUUCAGAUGCUGAUUUACAGCUGCAGCCAAAAUGGGUAACACAUCUUAGAGAUGGAUUGAUUGUCACGGUUGCCAAUGUGCUGCUGCCCCAUUUCCAUUGUUGUGUCACUUGUCUCUCAGCACUUGAAGUGCACCAGCCAUUGUCUGACAUAGUUGGAGUUGCUGUGGACACAGCUGUAGAGUCUUACUCCUACACUGUGUAAAAUAUAGACAGACAGACAGAUAUUCAUUCUUCAGAGACAGACUUGAUACAGUGCAAAACUGGGAUUGGAAAGUGUGGCGGUACACAAAGACACAUAUACUCACACACAAUUCAGACACAAAAAUUAAAAUAGGGAAAUUUGGGACAUUUUCAAUAAUUUAAUUAAAAAGCAACCUGCCGGGGAAACAGGGAAAAACAAAAAAUAGAUUCUUAGGACUGGGUCCAGAGUAAGUUAGUUGUACUUAGGUCCUGCUGAAAUCAAUGGGACUUGUUGUCAGGACCCCUCCUGUGUCUUCCACCCUGUCAUGGUCCCACCUCAGGGUCCUGGCCUCUUAACAGUUCUCUCACUGGCCCUGGUACAGAUCUCUCAAGAUCCCACUGCUAGGCAGCACCACCUGACACUCCCUGUAAACAAUAUUGCCUUGAGACUGUGCCUUAGUCUCCUCCUGGCUUAUUGCUACGUUGAGUCUGGGUGCACUUACAGGCCACAACCCCCAUGUAUCUUUGUGCCUAUAAAGAUUACAGCCCUGGGUUGUUUUGGAUCCCUGAUGAUGUCACACUAUCUCUUCACCGCUGCCACCAUUGAUACUGUUUCCCAACCUUGGUAUAUGCCCUGCCCACCCUUCUGGUCUCUGAAACCCAGCCAAGGAUCAGACAUUUUGGUAAACCAAGAACUGUUUAUUUAUGCAGGGAAUAACAAGAUUACUUUAAAGGUUCAGUCAACAUGUGUGUAGUUUCAUGCAUUACUCUUUAUAUUUCUUAGUCAUAGAUAACCUGCCUCACUACCCACCUAAAUCCAAUCCACCCAACAACCCUCUCCAAAAAACCCUCAGAACUCCCACCCAGAACAACUGUCAUCCUCUCAUUUAUACUUUCAGACACCCAGACACUCAGCCAAUCAUCACACAACAUUCUUCAACAUUCCAACCCAUGUACUCCCCCCUCUUACUCAGUCUACUUACCACAUAUACUCUAAUAAACCUGCACGUACCAUAUUUACAGUAAUUACAUUUACAGGGGCAUCACAUUUGUUAGUUCAUAACUACCUUGUUCCACUGAUUUCUGUGGGACCUAACUAAUUUAGCCAGUAGUAAGUCAAAGAUUAGUAAAUCCUGUUCUUCAUGAACUAGUUGUUGUAAAAGUUGGAAUUGCUUUCCCUACUGCUCUCCUUUUAGAAACACCAGCAACAGAUUUAUUGCUAGCAAACAUCACCAUGCCCUGAAUUUUCUAUGACAUGCUUACAGCAAAAUAAUAAUAUUCAUUCUUUGUUCUGAGGAUAUAUGGAAGUGUGCAGUUUAUAGGCUUAUCAAGCUGGCAUGUUACAUAAACUAUGAAUUAGUUUCCAAAAUGUG